AUAUUUAGAAACUAAAAGAAAAUGGGUUUGACACUAAAGCCUUUGCUUCUGCUUCUACUUGUCUUGAGUCAUCAUGUUGAUUCUGCCACUAUAGUCAAGUCUCUUCCUGGUUUAGAAGGGAGUCUUCCUUUCGAACUCGAAACCGGGUACAUUGGUAUUGGAGAGGACGAGGACAUCCAAUUUUUCUACUACUUCAUCAAAUCUGAAAACAAUCCAAAAGAAGACCCUCUUCUUCUAUGGUUAGAUGGAGGACCUGGAUGUUCUUCUCUCGGUGGCCUUCUUUUUGAGAAUGGACCGGUGGCUUUGAAGUCCGCGGUUUACAAUGGAAGUACCCCUUCUUUGUUCUCUACUCCAUAUUCAUGGACAAAGAUGGCAAACAUAAUAUACUUGGAUCAGCCUGUUGGAUCUGGUUUCUCUUACUCAAGAACUCCAAUUGAAAAAACUAGUGACACAAGUGAAGUUAAGAGGAUCCAUGAGUUUCUCCAAAAGUGGCUUAGCAAGCAUCCACAGUUUUUCUCCAACCCUUUUUACGUCACGGGAGAUUCUUAUUCCGGCAUGAUUGUUCCGGCGCUCGUUCAAGAGAUCUCAAAAGGAAAUUAUAUAUGUUGCAAACCUCUUAUAAAUCUACAGGGUUACGUGCUCGGAAACCCGAUAACAUAUGCUGAACAUGAAAAAAACUAUCGUAUUCCGUUUGCUCAUGGAAUGUCAUUAAUCUCUGAUGAACUCUACGAGUCAUUGAAGAGAACCUGCAAAGGAAAUUAUGAAAAUGUGGAUCCACGUAACACAAAAUGUUUGAAACUUGUUGAAGAAUACCAUAAGUGCACUGACAAAAUAAAUACACAACAUAUAUUAAUACCAGAUUGCGAUAAAAAAGGGCAUGGAAUAACAUCUCCUGAUUGCUAUUAUUAUCUGUAUUUUCUCAUUGAAUGUUGGGCCAACAACGAGAGAGUUCGUGAAGCUCUUCAUGUUAAAAAGGGAACUAAAGGACAAUGGCAGCGAUGUAAUUGGACAAUUUCAUACGAUAACAACAUUAUAAGCAGCGUACCAUAUCAUAUGAAUAACAGCAUCAGUGGAUACCGAUCUCUUAUUUAUAGUGGUGAUCAUGACAUCACAAUGCCUUUCCAAGCAACUCAAGCAUGGAUAAAAUCUCUAAAUUACUCCAUCCUUCAUGACUGGAGGCCUUGGAUGAUAAAGGAUCAAAUCGCUGGAUACACGAGAACUUAUUCCAAUAAGAUGACAUUUGCUACUAUCAAAGCAAGUGGACACACUGCAGAAUAUCUACCAAACGAGACCUUUAUCAUGUUCCAAAGGUGGAUCAGUGGCCAACCUUUGUAAUAGAGGCUCAUUGCCUACGGCAAACAUAAUAUACUUGGAUCAGCCUGUUGGAUCUGGCUUCUCUUACUCAAGAACUCCAAUUGAAAAAACUAGUGACACAAGUGAAGUUAAGAGGAUCCAUGAGUUUCUUCAAAAGUGGCUAAGCAAGCAUCCACAGUUUUUCUCCAACCCUUUUUACGUUGUAGGAGAUUCUUAUUCGGGCAUGAUUGUUCCGGCCCUCGUUCAAGAAAUCUCAAAUGGGAAUUAUAUAUGUUGCAACCCUCCUAUAAAUCUACAGGUCAUUG